UCCGGCUCCGCCUCUCGAACGCCAUCGCCGUGCACGUGCUCGCCUCGCCGUCCCCUCUCCUUCUCGCCCCCACUGUCCGCGUCGAGCCCGCUGCGCUACCUCCUCAAGCACCGGCGCGAGCCCGACGAACCGCCGCUGCCUCUCUCCCCUCGAUCGCCACCAGCCGCACCACUCCUCCUCCAUAUUCUCCACCCUGUCCGCCGCCUGCAGCCACAACCGCCACCCGAGCUCCGACGAACCCCACAACACGAUCACCUCGUCCAGAUCUGCAGCGCCCGCCGCCUGAGCCGCUGCUCCGCCAGCUCGCCGCUGCUGCCCUCUGACCUGGCCUCCGACAGCCCAGAGCGCCGCCUCACCCCCAGCCUUCAUCCCCGCGCCGGUCAGCACUCCACCCCGGCCUCUCCUCUCCAAACCACGCACAUCAUAGUGCCCGUCGCUGCUCGAGCCGUCGACCUACUGCCCCGUCGUCGGACAACCCCUCGCCGGAGUCCCGACAAACGCUCUUCAGACCCACGUCAGAUUCGACCCGCACCGUCAGCGUCGAUCCGUUCGACACAACCCGAGGAUGUUGCCCUUUGAUCAAUCAAAAAGGAAUUGUUUUCAACGUUGCAUCUGUGAUGGAGAUUUGGUUAUUGUGUACGAAAGGCAUGACAACAUGAAGGCUAUUAAAGUAACUAAUGGCUCAGAGUUUCAAAAUAGAUUCGGGGUUUUCAAGCAUUCAGAUUGGAUAGGGAAGUCUUUUGGAUGCAAGGUACUAAGCAAUAAGGGUGGGUUCGUCUAUCUUUUAGCCCCCACACCUGAGUUGUGGACUUUGGUCUUGAGCCACAGGACUCAGAUUUUAUACAUUGCGGAUAUCAGCUUUGUGGUUACCUAUCUGGAAAUAGUCCCUGGCUGUUUGGUUCUUGAAUCGGGCACGGGAAGUGGGUCCCUUACAACCUCUCUUGCUAGGGCUGUUGCACCUUCAGGUCAUGUUCACACAUUUGAUUUUCAUGAGCAAAGGGCAGCCUUGGCUAGGGAUGAUUUUGAGAAGAAUGGAAUGAGCAGCUUGAUAACAGUAUCAGUUCGAGACAUUCAAGGGGAGGGAUUCCCCGAGGAAUUCUGUGGUGCUGCUGACUCGGUAUUCCUGGACCUUCCUCAGCCUUGGUUAGCAUUGCCGUCUGUUGCAAGAAUGUUGAAGCAAGAUGGCAUUGUGUGCUCAUUUUCUCCAUGUAUUGAACAAGUGCAGCGCUCAUGUGAGACUUUGCGAUCAAAUUUUACAGAUAUAAGGACCUUUGAGAUACUCCUCCGAACAUAUGAAAUUCGAGAGGAGAGGCUAAGGGUCGACGACGACAGUAAAGGUUCGCCUGUGGGUUCUCUCCCUCGCAAACGAAGGCAGAGCGAGGAAAACUAUGGAAGCACGGAGAAACCUAGCUCGAUUAUGGCUAGACCGUGCAGAGAGACGAAGGGGCACACUGGCUACUUAACAUUUGCUAGGCUUGAAUGUAAUUAAGUAUUACAAUUUUUGGAUUCUAUUAUUUCUUGCACUAGUUCAUCCGUAUGAUCGUGUAGGAUGUGGCAUCAGAAGAAGUAUUCUGAGGCUAGUUAUAAUUUUGUAACUAAACAGGAAAUAAACCGAGUCAAUCUUAGUUCCAGUUGUCUGUUACAGAUUAUAUCUUUCAAUUAUAGUUAUAGAUUUCUACAGCCAGGUUUAUUUUGA